GAGAGAGAGAGAGAGAGAGAGAGAGAGAGAGAGAGAGAGAUGCUUUAUUGAUUAGCCCAUCCUAGUCUCAGGAGAGCCGACUGAAGCUUCAGAGGAGACCCCACGGUGAGCCAGUGUGAUGGAACUGAUUUGGAUGGUUUUGACUUUGGCUGCGUGCACAUCAGCAAUGCCCGAGCAGUACAGCAGAGCAGUGGAUUGGUUGAGCAGGUAUGGCUACCUCCCUCCGCCCGACCCCCGGACGAGCAAGCUGCAGACCAAGGAGGGCAUCGAGAAGGCCAUACGGGUCAUGCAGAGAUUCGGCGGCGUGCGAGAAACCGGCGUACUCGACGGUGAAACGCUGAAGCUCAUGUCCACACCACGAUGCUCCCUUCCCGAUAUCGUCGGGGGUGAGGACAUGUUGAAGAAGAGGAGGAGGAGAAGAAGAUACGCACUGUCAGGACUUAAGUGGCACAAGAGCGAUCUCACGUGGAGUGUCCACAGCUAUCCGACGCCGUCGCGCUCCCCCGGCCUGCCGUCCACCAUGGUGGACAGCAUCCUGACGCAUGCCUUCAAAGCCUGGAGUGACGCGGCCCCUUUGACUUUCCACCAGCAGCCGGGCGGCGGCGGGAGCGCGUCAAGCGGCGGCGACAUCAGGGUGUCCUUCAACAGCUUGCUGCACGAUGACGGGUACCCCUUUGACGGGCUGGGGGGCACCUUAGCCCACGCCUUCUUUCCCGGCAGGGAUGACGUGUCCGGAGACACGCAUUUUGAUGACCAUGAGAGAUGGAGCUAUGGAGGGGAGAGCAGCGGCACCACCGACUUGUUCACAGUGGCAGUGCACGAGUUUGGCCACGCACUGGGCCUGUCGCAUUCCUCCUCGGACCCGUCCAUUAUGAGGCCGUAUUACCAGGGUCCCGUGGGAGACAUUCUCCACUACCAGCUGGCGCUGGAUGACAGACUGGCCAUUCAGCAGCUUUAUGGCAUCAAGGGGGGGCAACAACCAGGAGGUGUUGACCCCAACCUCCCUCGUUUGCCCAGCCCUCCUCCGACCAAACCGACAAAGCCGUCUGACCCUUCUGUCCACGACCGUUGUCACGGGGGAUUUGACGCUGUGGCAAACAUCAGGGGGGAAGUCUUCUUCUUUCAAGGUGCUCAUUUCUGGAGGACCACGCGAGACGGCUCCCUGGUGUCGCUUAAUCCAGCUCAGAUCCAAAACUUUUGGAUGGGAUUUCCUCCGGGGACGAAUAAGAUCGACGCCGUGUAUGAGCGCAAGAGCGACAGCAGCAUCAUCUUCUUUGUCGGAUCUCAGUACUGGGUCUUCAAGGACACGGUGGCCAUGAGCGGCUAUCCUCGCCCGCUCUCCGAAUGGGGGAUGAAGAGGAAGAGCGGCGCGCUAGUGGACAGAGUGGACGCCGCCUUCAUCUGGGCCCAUAACGGCAAGACCUACCUGUUCAGCCAGGGCGAGUUCUGGAGGUUCGACGAGAGUCGAAAAGGCCAGCGCGGGACCCCGCAGCCGGAGCCGGGCUAUCCGCGGGACAACAGCCUUUGGACCGGAGUUCCCUCCCGCAUGGAUGACAUCAUCAGCUGGGGCGAAGGCGAUGCCCAUUUCUUUAAGGACAACCACUAUUGGGUGCUCAAGAGCGGAGGCAUGAACCAAGACUCGGUGGAGCCAAAAUCCAUCGGCGUGGACUGGCUCCGUUGUCCCGUUCCGCCGUCGACCUCGGCUCCGGCCAAUCCCGACGGCCCACGCCGAUGCCGCUGCGACCUCACAGACGCGUCUUCAUCUCUCGCCAGCAACUACCUCCUGGUGUCUCUUUUACUGGCCAUGAAGGGAUUGGUGGUUAAAAUAGCAAGUUGAGUUUUUCCGCAGUUUGCUGUGUGUGUGUGUGUGUGUGUGUGUGCGUGCUCCAUAUUUCCGUGAAUCCCCACAAUGUUCAACUAUUUUAGACAUUGACUUUAUUUUUGUCAUAAUGAUCUACCAUAAAAGUAUUAGCACCUGUAUAGUUUGCAUACACGGCGUCGUUAAAACGACAAACAAACAAAAAAAACCCCUGCGACAUUGCCAAUCAAAACUGAGCCAUGUUUUCUUGUUCAGCGAUUGUUUUGGGAAGUCAUUCCAGUAUGCAAAUGUUGUCUUUAAAGGGUAUGGAACAGGUUUUAAAUUGCGCCUUAUUGACGAACAUCUUCGGUUACAACCAACCAAAGAAUUCAUCGCGUGGCAUCGGUGUGGGAGAUUGUCAAGGGACGCUUCCUUAAUUGCAGGGUGGGUAGGAGCACCGCCCCGAUUAAUAUGGUAAGCCCGAAUGAGCACAUUAACGACUUUACGAAACAGGAAUUAGAUGACAACCGAAACACCGUGGGCCGGCUCCUCCCACCCCGAAAUGACUUUGUGGGAGGGGAGAGCUCGCUGCAGUUCAAGCCUUCAUUUCAGAAACAAAUCCACAACAAAAACACCUUUUUCUCUGUGAUCAACCCAAAAACACACCGGUUGUCUUUUUUUUUUUUUUCUCACAAAAUAUGAGCACACCAUUUUUUUAAUGGACGGUUGACAUACGAUCAACCUGACAGAAAAAGAAAAAGUUGCAGUCUACAUCGCAAUCGGACUUUCGAGCCCACAGCUGGUCCUUCAAGUUUUUAUUAACCUUCAUGAUUUCCGGUAUUCCUGCAUCAGGGAACACAUUCACAUAGACUUAAGAUCAUAAAUAGUAGGUUAGAUCUCGGUGGCAGCUGCCGUUAAAAAGCUUAAAUUAUACACUGUGUGUGUGCGUGUACACACACACACACGCACACACACAUCCCGCAU